CUCAACCCCGGUGCCACGGAAGGCGGCGGCAUUGGAUCGACAUGUCUCGGGAUUCAGGGAGGCGCUCAAGGGACUGGAGGCCCUCGACGUUAAGGAUCAGCUCGGGGAUUGCGCAGUGGUAUACCACGCCACGCGACUCCUAGAUCGCGUGACGCGCGAGCAGGCUCUCGAACGGAUCGAGAGUACGACCGCUCACCCCGGUCCCAGUACAGCCUCCUCACCAUCCAGGAAGUCGGCAGCUCAGCAGGUGGCUCAUCAGGCAACUCACCAGGGCGACACGUCGUACCCGUGCGACUGCUGCAACGCUCCCCAUUUCAUCGUGAUGUGCAGCAAAUUCCGGGCGCUACCACCAUCCGAGCGGCACACAGUGGCGAUACAGAAGCGGUUGUGCUUCAAUUGUCUGGGACGCCACAGCGUGCGAGCAUGCAAGUCCCAGCGGGGGUGCAAGAAGUGCUCUCAGCGGCAUCAUACGAUGCUCCACAAUGCAUCUGCAACAACACCGACCGCUCAAAAGCCUAGCAGCUCGUCGGCCUUAGCAGUGAUUAGCUCAUCGAUCACGCAGCACUCAGUACGUCUGCUCAUUGACACAGGAUCCGAGCUCACCUUCGUCUCGGAGAAUCUCAUUCGGCAGCUCAACAUCCCUCGUCAAUACUCAGGUAUUGUCAUCACUGGAAUUGCAGGCAAGGAGUGUACUCGGACACGAGGAGUCGUGUCACUCACGUUACGCUCGACACAUUCCAACGCAGCUGCCACAAUUCAAGCUCAUGUCCUCCGGACAGUUACAUCAAUCUUACCAUCGUUCGAGGCGGAACCGGAAGAAUGGCCGCAUCUCAGGAACUUGGCAUUAGCCGAUCCUGACUUUCUCAUUCCACGGCCAGUUGACAUCCUCAUCGGCGCUUACGGGCAAAUCAUCAAGUCCAAUGUCAUAAGGCAUUCUCCACUCAUGCCGAUAGCACAACUCUCCAUUUUCGGAUGGCUCGUUCUGGGACCAGUCAAGAGGGAAGCAACACGCACAUCAACGCACCAUGCUUCUACUCAAGUCAACGAGGAUGAUCUCAACGAGUUACUGACAAAAUUCUGGGUUCAAGAGGAGGUGCCUACUCACGAUGUCAACCAACUCACUCCUGACGAGCAGAGGUGCGAAGAGCACUUCAAGGCUACACACUCUCGUGACUCAUCAGGAAGGUACGUCGUCAGGAUUCCACUCAAAUCACCAGUAUAUCUUCUGGGUGAUUCGUACCACGUCGCCCAUCAGUGCCUCAAGGGACUACGCAAACGAUUCUCGAGGGAUGUGAACUAUCAACGUCUCUAUCAACAAUUUAUGAUGGAUUACGAGACACUCAACCACAUGACGAAGGCAUCAUCCAUCUCCAGUCGUCGCUCACACUUCUACCUGCCACAUCACGGUGUUCUCAAGCCUGACAGUACAACGACAAAACUGCGAGUCGUAUUCAAUGGCUCCAGCGCAUCAACAUCGGGCUACUCUGCUAACGACCUCAUGUAUACUGGAGCGAAAUUGCAUCUGAAUAUCUCAGAUGUUCUCCUCUGGAUACGAAGACACCGUCACAUUUUCGCUACGGACAUCACCAAGAUGUACAGGCAGAUCAAAAUUCACAAGGAUGACUGGGAGUUGCAACGGAUACUCUGGAUGGACGACCAACUCAAUGAAGUGCCAUAUCAUCUGACAACCGUCACCUACGGGACAAAGGCCGCGCCGUUCUUGGCCGUUAGGACGCUGUUACAACUAGCAGAGGACGAAGGACAUAAAUAUCCACUGGCUGUGCCAUCCAUCACUCAUGGCAGGUAUGUCGAUGACAUAUUUGGUGGUGCAGAUACGAUUCAACAAUUGCAGGAGGUUGCACAUCAACUAAAGGGCCUCUGCAUGGCGGGCGGCUUCCCACUAGCAAAAUGGCAUGCUACUCAUCUCAACAUACUCAAGACUGUCACCGACAGCGAAGACCAAGGCUUACCAAUCACAUUCGACGACUGCGUAACCAAGAUACUCGGACUCAAAUGGCUCCCUCAUGAAGAUACAUUUGCAUUCUCAACGCGAAGCUCACGCAAGGAAGGCAGGCUCACAAAACGCCUCGUUUUAUCUGAAGUGGCUCAGAUAUUCGAUCCACUUGGCUUUGCAUCACCCGUAGUGAUCAAGGCCAAAAUUCUCUUGCAGGAGCU